CUGGCGCUGCUGUUGAUGAAGUGUUGGUUGACUAAAAUUUUGCUUUUACGUGUUUUUGUAUCAAUCAUUGUUUGUCCAGACUUCUAAAAGUGUUUUACAUUCUGAAUAAGGCAAAGUACUAUCUCUAAAUAAAAAAGCUAUUUUGAGAAAAUGGAGAAACCCGCCGUCACAGACCAACCACCCCCAUAUUCAGCUGUAAAUCCAGGUCCACCACCAAACAUGGGCAAUGCGCCUCCCCCACCGCCUCCAGGCUACCCGACCUACGGCCCGCCUCCCCCACCACCCGGGUACAUGCCCAACUACGGGGCUACCAGCAUAAUCAUACAACCACCUAUCAUAGCAGUAGGUGCCUGCCCUGCUUGUCGGGUUGGCAUUCUUGAAGACGACUUCACAUGUCUGGGUAUAUUGUGUGCCAUCUUCUUUUUCCCAAUAGGAAUUCUAUGCUGUCUCGCUCUCAAAAACAGAAGAUGCUCCAACUGUGGUGCCAUGUUUGGCUGAGGAUGAUGUUAGACUAGUGAACAUUGGAUUGGAAACUGAUUUUGACAAAUAUUUGAAGAUUUAUCUUUUUUGGGUUAGUAACAUUAGUUGUAACAAUUUUGAUUCUUGGUUCCUUUUUCAUCAUCAGACUAGUAAAUAGUGUGAAAAUUUAGUAAAAAAAACUAUUCAUAGAAACAUAAAAAUCAAUUUCAAGAGUUACCAUUACAUUUACCAUGUUACUACCCCCAAAAACAAAUGGCCAAAUGUUGAUUCUCUAUUUCAUAUAGGUAACUCAUUAUCAAAUUUCUUUUUAAUUUUAUCUGGUAAAAUUUUCAUAGAAAAUUCUAAGAAAUAUCUAAAAGAAAGGAAAGAUGAUGUAAUGAUUAUUUAGACAAAAUUAAUAUAAAAAACGGAAGAUCAUUAUUUCGAUAUAAAAUUAUAAUUACAAUGAUAGCCUUUCGUGCUAUUUCAAAACAUAUGUGAAUUAUUUUGAAACAUCAAUUUUUACUAUCUACAUUUAUAUAUUUUCUACAUUCCACAUUAAAAGUUUUGACAAUAUAUAGUGAUACAGAAAAAUGUUAUCACUAAAGAUAUUUAUUGAUACAAAUCCUGAAUUAACACAAUCAUAUAAUUAUAUUUUAUGUAUAACUUAACUGAUUGUUUUAUAAAGCUCAAAGCUCAAUUAAUAGUUAUCAAAAUAUGAAUUUAUUUGUACGAAUUUAGAUUUUCAAGUGGCUAUGACCGAAAGCAGAUGUGAACGGAUACAUUUGAAUUAUACACAUUAAAUAAACCACUAACAUGUGUAAUUCAAAUUUAUCCUUUAGCUAAAUAGAGAAAGAAAUAAAUACUUUGACAAAUGUUAUGUACAUCAAACUUUAUUAAUUAGUAUAGUUACCCUUUAUAAUGUCAAGCAUAAAAACAU